UUUAAAGUGGAUGAUUAAAUUGGGAAUAUGAUUACAGUCGAGACCAUUUUUGGGGGUGAGAUUUGAACAAAAGGCUGCUUCAAGUUAACAGAAGUUUCUAAAGCUCACAAUCAAUGAGACAUUGCUCAAAAAUCUUGCUGAUGUUAUAUUUCAGAUCAGAGGGAAUCUCCUUUGGCGGCUUGCCUCCAAAUCUGUUGGAUUGUCCUUGGCUCUCAUGAUCCAAAAACGGCAUUAAAUCAUUAAUUAUAAGACAGCAUCACCAGUAGGUGGCCAGAAUGCUAGUGCUGUAAAGGUUGAUGUUGGUGUGAUUCUUGAUUGGGACACCAUAUCUGGAAAGAUGAGGAAUGUAUGUAUGUCACUAUCUCUGUCUUAUUUCUAUGCCAAUCGUAAUCACACCACCCAGAUUGUCCCUCAUUUCAGAGACUCCAAGUCUGAUGAUGUUGAAGCAGCAUCUGCAGCCAUAGACCUGCUGAAAAAUGCUGAAGUACAAGCAAUCUUAGGCCCUCAGGCAUCCACAGAAGCAGAUUUUGUUACAGACAUAGGGAAGAAAGUGAAAGUUCCUAUAAUUUCUCCAGCCUUAAGUCCUGCUCUUUCACCAUCCCAAAAUCCAUACUUUGUUAGAGUAGCGUACUGCUCUUGCUGGCAGGCUAAGGCAAUUGCAGCAAUUAUUAAGGCCUUUGGUUGGAGGGAAGUUGUGUUUAUCUAUGAAGAUAGCAUUUUUGGCGGUGGAAUUCUUCCCCAUUUGACUAAUGCCAUGAUGGAAAUUGGUGUUUCAGUACCAGAUCAAAGUGUUCUUUCACCGUUAGCUGAUGAUGAUCAGAUUAUGGUGGAGCUAUUGAAGUUAAAGACAAAGCAGACACGAGUGUUCAUAGUCCAUUUGCGUCAUACUUUUGCUUCUAAAUUUUUUAAGAAGGUAAAAGAAGCUGGAAUGAUGAGCAGUGGAUAUGUGUGGAUAAUCACAGAUGCAUUCACUAGUCUUUUGGUUUCAAUGGAUCCCUCUGUUCUUGAUUCUUUGCAGGGGGUUAUAGGCGUGAAGCCUUACGUCCCAAGUUCACCUGAGCUAGAUAGCUUCACCAGGAGAUGGAAAUCAAAGACGUUUCGUCAACAACAUCCAGACAUGGAUGGAGUGGAGCUCAAUGUGUUUGGGCUAUGGGCAUAUGAUAGUGUCACAGCAUUAGCCACAGCACUUGAGAAAGUAGGCACUUCUGGUCUGAAAUUCAACAGAACAAUCAAUAGGGAGAGUUCAACAGAUUUGGGUGCAAUUGGGACAUCAGAAUUUGGGCCUUUGCUACUUGAAUCAAUACGAAACAUCAAAAUCAGAGGACUAAGUGGUGAUUUUCACAUAGUUGAUGGAGAACUGCAACCAUCUGCAUUUCAGAUUGUGAAUGUGAUAGGUAGAGAGAAAGGGAUCGGAUUCUGGACCGAAAAGUAUGGUAUUUCCAAGAUUCCAAACCCAAAUCAUACGACUGUGUACUCUGCUAACAAAAAUGAUCUUGGGGCAGCCAUUUGGCCAGGUGACACUACUGCUGUUCCUAGAGGCUGGGAGAUUCCUACAGGUGAAGAGAAGUUAAGGGUGGGAGUUCCUGUCAGAGGAGGGAUUGAGCAAUUCAUAAAUACCACAAUUGAUAAUAAGACAAACACUGUGAAGGAGGCAACUGGUUUUUGUAUUGAUGUUUUCGAGCAAGUAAUGAAGUCUAUGCCAUAUUUUAUACCAUUUGAAUAUAUACAUUACAACAUCCCUCCAGGAGAAAACCUUCCAAACUUUAAUGACCUUGUUGAUGAGGUUUUUGAUGGGAAACUUGAUGCAGCAGUUGGUGAUAUUACCAUUUUAUCAAACCGGUCCGAGCAUGUGGAUUUCACAUUACCAUAUACAGAGUCUGGGGUCACCCUAGUUGUCCCAGUCAAGCAAGAUGGCCGUUCAUGGAUUUUCUUGAAACCUCUGGAUAAAAAACUCUGGAUGAUGAUUGCAGCAUUCUUUGUCUUGAUUGGCACUGUGGUUUGGGUUUUUGAACACCAAGUAAACAAAGACUUCGAAGGCUCCAUCCAAAAGAAACUUGGGAUGAUCUUUUGGUUCUCCUUCUCAAGUCCUGUUUCUCCAGACAGGGCUAGUGUAAAAAGCAACCUAUCCAGAUUUAUGAUCAUAGUAUGGACGUUGGUGGUGCUGGUUCUGAUAUCCAGCUACACGGCUAGCCUAGCAUCCAUGUUAACAGUACAGCAGUUGCAGCCUACUGUGACUGAUGUUAAAGAUCUGAUCAAGAAUGGAAAGUAUGUUGGAUGCCAGGAUGGAUCCUUUGUUGCUGGCAUGUUAAAGACUGUUUUUGGAAUUACAAAAGUUAGGCAUUAUAGCUCAUUAGAAGAGUAUGAUGAGGCACUUACAAAAGGAAGUGAAAAUGGUGGAGUUGAUGCCAUUAUGGAUGAGCUGCCCUAUCUUAGGAUCUUCCUUUUGAAGUAUCAUAGGAAGUACACUACAGUUGGUCCGACCUACCACACGGCUGGUUUUGGUUUUGCAUUUCCCAGGGGAUCUCCUCUGGUGCCUGAUGUCUCAAGAGCAAUAUUACGCGUGACAGAGAGUGAGGCUAUGAUAAGAAUACUGGAAAAAUGGUUUGGGGUCGAAACAUAUCGUUCACUGCAAGAUGGAAGCUUGAAUGAUCCUGAGAGCCUGCCACUGGACAGAUUUAAAGAACUCUUCCUUAUUGCUGGUGGAUCAAUAUUAUUAGCCCUUAUCAUCUUCUUCGUCUCCUUCAUAAAUGAGAACAAGGCCACCUUAGCCCCUGACAUGUCAAUCUGGGAAAAGCUUUCUGCAUUAGCAAAAGCUUUCCUUGAAAAGGAGGAGGACUCAUCUAGGGAGUCCCAAAAGCCCAAUGAAGAAGGCAACCAAGGUGUUGUUUCCUCCGCAGAAUCAGUGCCUGAACACCAUUGUCCACCAAAUUCAGAAAAUGCAGAGUCUCCAGAGCAAGGCGGUUUAACUCAGGAUGCAGGAUCCAAUACUUCGGAAUCCAGGCCUCCAGUUCAUGAAGCCUGACAACAGUUUCAUAACUAAAGAGGUUGCAGCAGAAGCUUGAUUCAGGAAAGUGUACUGUGCUGUGAAAAUGUUCAUCAUAAAUCUAUGUUAUUGGGCUUGUAUGUAAAUAAUUUUGCAUAGUUUUAUAGUAUCAAAUAAUAUUAAGCCCAGUAACAUGUUUUUGUGUAAUUUGGGUUUUAAUGUAUUGAUUGGGUGUUUCAAUAUUUAGAAAUAAAUGAAAUGUAUCUGUAUUAUCACCUCUUCUCAUAUUAUUCUGUUCCUUCCUAUAUCAGAA